GACAAAACAUAUUAUUAAAUCAGAACCGGUUUACUCAUGUAGAUUAGCUCGAAUAAGGACUAUGUGUAAGUUGGAUAAAAAAGGACUAAAAGCUAUAUACUUUUAAUUAAUCAUAUAGGCUUUGGGCUCUUUCCUCUUUAAAUUAACCUUGUUGUUAUCCCUGUCUUCUAAACUAUCUAAAGACUUGUGUCCAUAUCACCAGAUAUCACAAUAAUAGAAAACCAUAUGUGAAAAUUCUAUGAAUGGUUAAACAACCUUUUAACCAGGGUGCUCAACUUCAAACCAGCCCAGCUUGAAUGGAGAAAUUAAAGGGAGCUUUUAGUUGUUAUUCUUUUAUUUGUAAGAAUGUGAAUACCAUUAAUAAAAAUGAAACAUUUAAUACAAGUUGUUAGCUUGGAUCUCAUUCUGCUAUGAAAGCACUAUAGUUUCUACAGAAUUUCUAUAAAAAAAAUUAAAUUAUAUAAUUAAUAGGACAAGGUUACCUGAACAACUACGAGAAUAACCAGUAGGUUAACAUCAGAGAUGAACCAGAAGAUAAUGAGGAGAUAGAGAGAUAUCUGCUCAGAUCACAACAUGGAGGCAGUCGACAACUCCGGCCCCGGCCAUUGGCAUCGAUGAGUUGGCUCCAAACAUAUCAAAAUCCAGAGAAUCAUAUGCUGUAGGGCCUGAGGGUCCAACCCCCAACAAUUGUUAUAAAAUAACGUUUCAAUCAAAAAUUUAUAAAACCAGAGCUAUAGUGAACAUACAUAAACUUAUUCGUUGCCAACGGUCCAAGACCAGGCUAAAACUCUAUCCCACAUAUGAUAUAAAUAAACAAACAAAUUAAAGAAGCGUUAGCAACAAAAAAAACUAAAGUGUUAAAGAAGCUUAAUUAGCGUAUACAAAGCUGUAUGUGCAUCUUUCUCGAGACGUGAAGACAGAUUUGAGGGUUCUAGAACCAGAAGUGCAGCCACAUGUUGCAACAAAGACUGACUCGCAAUUAAAGAAGUGGAUCACAAAAAAGAUACGCAUCUUCUCAAUCUCAAUGUACUUUAAUAAUUCGAAACCUAAGCAUAGCGUAUACAAAGCUGUACGUAUCAACUCAGCACAUCCAUGUAUAAAAUACCAAUGACCUGAACUCACAUUUUCUACACCCAGUUACAUUCAAAUAUAACCAACUAUAUAUAUAAACUCAAAAAAUAAUGAAUCCUAUGUUUUACUUCCUUCUUGCCUUAACCACUGUUUUGGCCGUGACCGCAGACCCUGGCGGACCAAUUCUCGACAAUGAUGGUUAUGUCAUAUUCAACGGCAGUUACUUAGUUCGCCCAAUCAUCUUCGGUGGCGGCCUGACUCUCUCCCCCCUUGGUGACAACCAGUGUCCCCUCUACAUCGAACAGCAAUUUUCAAAGGACGACAUAGGCUAUCCCAUAAGAUUCUCAAACUGGGGGUCUGGAGCUAGGUUCGUUCCGGAGUCAGAGAACCUCAACGUCGAGAUGGUCAUCCCAGUUCCGACCUGCGUUCAGUCUUCAACCUAUUGGUGGGUCACUGCGACCGAGGGUAGCAAAUGGUUAUUCAUAUCGGCUGGUCCUAAGCCAGAUCCUGGAGAAGCUUCGUCCAAGAGUUUCUUCCAGAUCAAGAAAGUUGGAGAUUUUACUAAUGGUUACAAGAUUAUGUUUUGUAGUAAAGAUAACAACUGCAUCGAUGUCGGGAUAGUUGUGGACGAAUAUGGCGUUCAGCGUUUGGCUUUAUGCACUAUGCCAUUCCCCGUUACGUUCGUGAAAGCUGACGAGACAGAGACUUCGUCCAAGAAUAUAUCUAUUAUGUGAGAGAAAUAAAAGACUACAAAAUUAAGAAGAUAAUAGAGUUUUAACUUACUAUAGAUAAUAAAACUCUAUCCAUGUGUUCCUGUCUUCUUUGUUUAUCCAUCUAUACAUGAAAUAAAACAAUAAGCGAAA